CCCUUUUUUUUUUUAGACUUCCAACUCCGACACACAAGCCCCGACACGCUGCUCCCAAUUAUCCCUCCUCUGACACAGCAGCCCUGUAGUUAUUAUCUCCUGAUCAAAGCAAACACUGCCCGGGUAUAAAACCUGCCCUGGCCGAGUCCUGCCUGUUUUGGGAGCUGCAAGAAGCCACCAAGGAUGAAGGCUCCUCUCCUCCUCGCCGCGCUCGUCAUCGCCCUGGCCUGGGAGAGGGCUUCCUCCUUGACGUGUUUCUCGUGCAAAGACGCGACUUCCAACAUCCACUGUCUCGGCACGACCAAAUGCUCCGAUAAUGAGAAGUACUGUCUGACCACCUACUCCACCACGGGAAUGGGCAAUGACAAGAGCCAGCGCAUCACCAAGAAAUGCUCCUCCUUCUGCCCGACCAUCGACCUCAACAUCGGCAUAGCCGGGGUCGCCACCAGCUGCUGCGAGACCUCCCUCUGCAACAUCAGCGGCGCCGGCACCGUCAGAACCAGCUCCACCAUCAUCGCCCUGGGCCUCCUGGCCAGCCUGGCCUGCGUCCUCAGGAUGGGAUUUUAAAGGGUUUCUGGGAGGGGGUGGGGUGUAAGGAGG